AUGCUUUCAAUUAGUCUUUCUUUCUUUCUUUCUUCCGUUCUUUGUUUCUUUGUUUCUUUCUUCCGUUCUUUGUUUCUUUGUUUCUUUCUUCCGUUCUUUCUUUCUUUCUUUCUUUCUUUCUUUCUUCCGUUCUUUCUUUCUUUCUUUCUUUCUUUCUUUCUUUCGUUCUUUCUUUCUUUCUUUUUCUUUCUUUCUUUCUUUGUUUCUUUGUUUCUUUCUUCCGUUCUUUUUUUUUCUUUGUUUUCUUUCUUUCGUUCUUUCUUUCUUUCUUUCUUCCGUUCUUUCUUUCUUUCUUUCUUUCUUUCUUUCUUUCUUCCGUUCUUUCUUUCUUUCUUUCUUUCUUUCUUUCUUUCUUUCUUCCGUACUUUGUUUCUUUGUUUCUUUCUUCCGUUCUUUCUUUCUUUCUUUCUUUCUUUCUUUCUUUCUUCCGUUCUUUCUUUCUUUCUUUCUUUCUUUUCUUUUCUUCCGUACUUUGUUUCUUUUGUUUCUUUUUCCGUUCUUUCUUUCUUUUUCCGUUUUUUCUUUCUUUUUGCUGUUCUUUCUUUCUUUUUCUUUCUUCCGUUCUUUGUUUGUUUCUUUCUUUCUUCCGUUCUUUCUUUCUUUCUUUCUUUCUUUCUUUCUUCCGUUCUUUCUUUCUUUCUUUCUUCCGUACUUUGUUUCUUUGUUUCUUUCUUCCGUUCUUUCUUUCUUUGUUUCUUUCUUCCGUUCUUUCUUUCUUUCUUUCUUUCUUUCUUCCGUUCUUUCUUUCUUUCUUUCUUUUUUUCUUUCUUCCGUUCUUUGUUUCUUUGUUUCUUUCUUCUGUUCUUUGUUUGUAUGUUUCUUUCUUCCAUUCGUUGUUUCAUUCUAUCUUUCUUCCGUUAUGUGCUUCUUUCUUUCUUUCUACCGUUCCUUGUUUCUUUCUUUCUUUCUUUCGUUCUUUGUUUCUUUCUUUUUUUAUCAGGCAAUAUUUAUCGUUCUCCAUUAUUUUUUCGCUUUCUUUCUUUCUUUCUUUCUUUCUUUCUUUCUUUCUUUCUUUCUUUCUGUCGUUCACUUUAUUUUCUCUUCUGUUAA